AAUCCCCGAAAUGCACGCUUUUCACUGAAACAAAAUAUUUUGCUUUAUAGCUGCUACGGAUUGCAUUGACAGAGAACCGAGGUGCUACAAGAAAAGAUUCAUAAACGGGAGGCGAGAUCCUAUCGCCUUCCUCCCGCCCUCCUUGUGUCCCUGUGUCCAAUCCUCUCCUCCCAAACGGUUCUGUGAGCUGUCGAGAAAGGGAACGGAUACAGGAUGGGAGAGCUCAGCCCCCCACUGGGCCAAUGUUCCUUCCAGCAGCUUUGGGAGAGCAAUAUGACACCUCAGGGGCCCAGUAUUCCACUGGUUGCUACUCAAAACUGGUCUGACCUGGAUGUCUCGAUAAAUGGCAUCCACUUACCUCCCUCACAGCUCCUUCCCGACGCGACUCUCCACAAGGUCUUUGACGAGGGGCUGUUUGAACUGCUGGAGCCCCCGGUUGUGGAGCCCUCUGUGUCAACCCUGGACAGCGUUCCUCCCCCCGCCUCCACCGUCCCCUCCACCAACGACUACCCUGGGAAGCACGGCUUCCAGCUGCGAUUCCAGAAGUCGGGUACCGCCAAGUCUGUCACCUCCACUUAUUCUGUGCAGCUGAACAAGCUGUACUGCCAGCUGGCUAAGACGUGCCCUGUGGAGGUGUUGAUGGCCAUGGAUCCCCCGCCAGGAGCCAUCCUCAGGGCCACCGCUAUCUACAAGAAGUCUGAGCAUGUCUCUGAGGUGGUCCGGCGCUGCCCCCACCACCAGAGCGCCUCAGAUAACAAUGAAGGCGUGGUCCACCGCAGUCACCUGAUUAGGGUGGAGGGUAGCCAGUGGGCUCAAUACCUGGAGGAUGGAAACACCAAGCGUCAAAGUGUGCUGCUGCCCUAUGAGCCUCCUCAGCUGGGCUCUGAAACGACUACUGUUCUCCUGAACUUCAUGUGUAACUCCAGUUGCAUGGGUGGUAUGAACAGGCGGCCCAUCCUCACCAUCCUGACCCUGGAGACCCAGGAGGGUCAGGUUUUGGGUCGCCGUUGUUUCGAGGUCCGUGUGUGUGCCUGUCCCGGCCGGGACCGCAAGACCGAGGAAGAAAACACAAACAAAGUUCUGAACGGGACCAAGACCACCAACGGCGCCAAGAGAAGUAAGACUCGGGCCACGUCUCAACCCUCGUCUCCUAUGUCAUUGUUGACCUUGUCUCCUCUCCCCUCAGAGUCCCAACAGGCCCUGCCCCCUCCAGGGACCAGCAAGAAGAUCAAGAACGGCUCCAGCACCGAGGAUGAAGACAAGGACAAUGUAUUUUUGUUGCAGGUCCGUGGCCGAGAGCACUAUGAGUGGCUCAAGAAGAUCAAUGACAGUCUGGAGCUGAUGGACCACAUUCCUCCCGCUGAGCAGGAGAAAUACAAGAAGAAAGGUUCCGCUAAGAUCCUCAAGCAAGAAGCAAUGGCCCCGAAGAGCGGAAAGCGGCUGCUUACAAAGGAAGACAGGAGCGACUCGGACUAAGGCCAGGACACGUCUGUCCUUAUUCUCCGGUCUAUUCCAGACCAAUAUUAAGUUGUGACUCCCAAGUUAAAUGUCCAAUACCAAACCCUAGUCCCUACAUGUAGGCACUUCUGAAAGGAUAGAUAUUAGCAACAUGGUAAUAUCUCCACCUAGACAGCCAUACGCUGGACCCAAAAAGGGGUCAAUAGAGACGGACCAACAUUUUAAUAAAUGUUGUCAUAUGAACACGCAAGACAUGGCGAAAUGUGUGGAAUUACAGAUCAUUGUCUUCAAAACUGCAACAUUUUCUCUCUGCCCCAUGGCAAAAUGUGUAGAAUUGCAGGAAAUUAGCUUCAAAACAGUUCAAACUGUGUAAAGUUAUUAUUUUUUUUAUUGUAUUUUUUUAUAUACCGGUGAAUGACUGUCCAUCCGGAACUUUGACAGCUAGGAAAUUUGUGACCGGACCUUCUCAAAUAGUACUCAAGUACCAUGUUGGGAUUUUCACCAUAUUUCGGAUACCAGUCCAACAAUUUCAGUACAACACAAACUGCGUAAGUGUAGGGCCUAGGGUUUGGUUUAGAAUUAGGUAAGUAAGCUAAGACCCCUCCACCCACUGCCUUAACCAUCUGGUGGGACUUCCUCUUCCUCACCUGCCCCCCAAACAGCACUUUAGCUUGUGCUUUUAUGAUUUAGACCAAUUAAAUCAAGUAUUCAUAUCUUGACCUGCCUAGGCACGAUGCUUUGUUACCAGUUAAUUGCCCAGUUGGCUGUUAGUAUUUUUAUACCUGUUGAACAUAACUGCUGUUAUCCCUUCCCCUGAAACCUUGACUUUCUUUUCCCCCCUUUUUUUUUAAAACUUGUCGCUCUUGUUAUCAGAAUGUUUUUUCAUUGUUAAAAAAAAAAGAAGAGAUUUUAGUUUUAUCCAUUUUAGUUUUCUCUCUCUUGUGAAGAGUUCUGAUACUAUGAUUAUGAUACACUUAGCACAUGUAUAUUUGUUUAAUUUUUCGUUCUCUGAUGGAAACUCUUUUUGAUGUCAUUCGGUGCUGAAACAUGAGGCUCUAUUUUGUUUAGGGGGAAAAGGAAACAUUUCAGGGAACUUUUACAAUCAAAUUAAAGCAAUUUCUUAAGUAAUA